GCCAUUGGACGUCCACUCUGUGUCCUCCAAUGGAUGGAGCUCCAGUUGUAACCACGGCACCUCUUCCUCCUGAUCUGUCCAGGUGCUUUCAAAAUGAGACCUCACCCUUCAGACGUACCACCCUGCCCCUUUCUCUGGGCCCUCCCCCUCCUCCUCCUCCUCCUCCCCCUCCCCCUCCACCACCACCACUUCCACCCCCACCGCCCCCACCUCCUUCACAUUUGGGGGACCCCUUCAUCCGGACUGUCCAACAGCGCUCAAAAAUGCGCAACUUCAACUGGGACGCAAUCCCCAGGCACAGCGUGUUGGGCAAGCGCAACGUGUGGACAGCCCAACGCAACCUUGAGAACUUUGAACUGGACACUAAGCGCAUGGAGGAACUUUUCAGCCACAAGGAGCACCAUGGUUUGGUCCGUAAGGGUGGGACGGUCAGAAAAAGUGUGUGGGGCCUUUCGCAAAUCACUACAGAAUCAGAGAAUGUAUCAAUUCUCAACUCUAAGAAAAGUAUGAGUAUUGGGAUUUUGCUAAAACAGUUUAAAAGGCAACCAAAAGACAUUGUAGAUGCGGUCAGGCACGGUCAACUAUGCUUUGCUUCCGGGAAACUGAAGGAACUCAACAAGCUGUUGCCUGAUGACAUGGAGACAAAGAAGCUGAUGUCAUUCAAUGGAGAUUUAUCUCAGCUAAAUGAUGCUGACCGUUUCAUGGUGAUGCUGGUUCAAGUACCAGGGUAUAAAGUGAGAUUAAAGAGCCUGCUCCUCAGAGAGGAGUUUUUUCCCUUUAUAGAUGAGAUCAAGCACUCCAUUGCUGUCAUGACAACUGCUGCUAAUGAGUUGCUGGCAUGUGAUGACUUGCAUUCAAUCAUCAGACUGGUGCUGAAGGCUGGCAACUACAUGAAUGCCGGUGGCUAUGCAGGUAGUGCCAUUGGCUUCAGGAUGGCAUCGUUGCUCAAAUUGGUGGACACCAAAGCAAAUAAACCUGGCAUGAACCUUAUGCACUAUGUGUCCAUGCAAGCCCAACAGAUUGAUGAAGCUUUGCUCCAUUUCCCUGAACAGCUUCAACACAUUGGAAUUGCUGCAAGGAUCCAAAAGCAGGAGGUGGAGAUGGACUUUCAUAGGGAGUUGGAGAAAAUGAGGGAAGCAAAGAUGGACGCUAGUAAACAGACCGAUGUACUACAUCAGAUGGAAGCAUUUCUUUGUAUGGCAGACAUUCGGCUUGCGGACGUGGAGGCCUCCCUUCAGGAACUGGACAACAUCAGUACCUCAGUGGCAGAGUACUUCUGUGAAGACCCAGCCGCAUUUAAACUAGAGGAAUGUUGCUCUAUCUUUCAUUCCUUCUGUGAGAGGUUUGAGAAAGCUACACAGGAAAACCGUGAGCGAGAGGCGGCUGAGACUCGCAAGCAACAGCAGAGAGAAAGAGAAAUGCUGACCAGAACGACUAAGCGCCGAUCCACCACCACGUGUUCCAAUUGGGAUUUGAGAGGGGAUGUGAGAGAUGAAGCCUCUGUUUUAGAAUCAGUCCUGACCAGCUUUCUCAGCCAACGUCCUUCUCGCAGAAGGCCCGGUGGGGUCAAACCCGUCACAGACAGCCCCAUCAAGAACAGCCGCCCUCAGGUCGAGGAACGUGAGGGCGGAGGGGAUCCGGACAGCCCUGUGGAAACCAACGAGGAGAAAUUUGAGAUCUCGAGAGUGCAAGAACCAGAAUACAUCUGCAAGAAGGAGGAGGUUCCACCCUGCGCCGUUAAUGAUGUUCAGCGGGCACGCGCCGCAUCCAAAAGAGGACAGUGCAUUGUUGAUGAUCUGAUUCCUGAAAGCAACGACCAUAAGGAAGUUGGGUGUUGCAACACCUUGACCAAACAAGAGUUUGAGACUGGAGACAUGGAUAAAGGAGAAGUGGAGGAGACUGGAGACAUGGAUAAAGAAGGAGGAAGAGCUGAGAACAAUGAGAAAAUGGAGGAGGCAGACAAAAUGCCUGAGCUCUCCGGCAAGAUCUUCAACUUUCAGGAUUGCGGCAGCCUGAAUGGAACCAUUACACCAGAUCGUUCCCGAGGGCAUGGCGUGUGCACCUCUACCCCUCGGCAGAGGAAUAUAAAAGAAGUGGAUCUGGCCUUGCAGAACGGACUGGGAGGUCUAGGCUCUCCAUGGACCAUCCUCAGCCCUCGUAUAUCUCCCCGUAACACGCCCCACCGCAGGCACUCCUUCUCUGUCUCCAGGGUGGACAUCCUUGAUGAUGGGGUGUGGGCGUUGCCUGACACACCUAUACGCGACAAGCCCUCUUUCUUUCAUAAAUCCGGUGUGGGGACAUCUUCAUUACCAGACUGUCCUUCAACGCGAACUCCAGCACACGGGACGUUUAUAAGGUCUGCAUCACUUCCUGAUGAAAAAGAGCCGGCAUCUAACUUCAGACUGGGACAGAUCUUUCAGAGGCGCAAUGGACAGGAGCUUCCUCCAGAUAAGAGACCGGAAAGCUCAGGACUUGUAUCUUUCUUUCGACGCUUCGGGGAAAGAAACAGGGCAGGAACUGUUGGUUAAGAAGCCAUGGCAUGGCCUACAGAGGUUUUAUACUUUUAAGGAUUUUACUGUGCCAUAAAAUAUUUGAUGAAUGUAGACAAUCGGGGACUUGUCUUACAACAUUUUUGAUUUCUUUUAUUUUUAUUAUGCAAAACUACAUGAUAAUGCGUGCUGAUGUUGAUGUCUUAAUAUUUAUUAGUUUUUAGUUGAAGUCUUCAGCAUUGUUAUUUCUAACAAGCUGAUUGUAUUAGUUUACAACACUUAAUUUCAGGGACUGAAAUGCGUUUUAUUUUUGUUCUUUGUCUUUUAAAGUCUGUCUUAUUUUUAUGUAAUAAAGUGUGGAUUCCACCUUUAAAGCA